CAGCGGCCGAAGGGGGAGCUCUCGGCGCCAAUGUGCGUGCGUAAUGUGACCUGCAGCGCAAUCCAUUCAGGGCACUCGCCCAGUGUCCGCGAACUGCAGUUGGCCAGGUCCCAGUUUCCAGUGGGAGCCCGGUCACGGUCGAGGUCGAGGUCGAUUUCAGCCCCAUCAACGUCAACCAUCCAGAUCCCGCGCUCGGCAUCGUCGUCAUCCUUUCAUCCCAACAACCAACAACAACCCAACACAUUCGACAUCUUUCAGCCCUGGCCCUUGCGCUUGACAGCAGGACCCCCCGAUCACGACAACUUGCGAACCGCGGUUCAUCUAGCGACCUCGACGAUUGCGCACGAGUUCUAUCGCAACCUUACACAAGCAUCCCUUCGAUUAAUACUCGCCCGCUGCCCACCAUCCUCCGUUCUUGCGGCCCGUAUACCAGCAAGCUCGAGUCCGAUUAGAUACCACCAUUCACCAUGUCUACCAUUCCAAAGCCGGGUCCGGCUAACCUUCGCCCCGGAGCCGGUCUAGAUGAGUGGUUGGAGGAGGCGAAACAAUGUCAUUACCUUCCUGAGCCUGUCAUGAAGCAGCUCUGCGAGAUUGUCAAGGAAGUUCUAAUGGAAGAAUCGAACAUCCAGCCUGUUGUUACGCCAGUUACUAUCUGCGGUGAUAUUCACGGCCAGUUCUACGAUCUCCUCGAACUCUUCCGCGUCGCUGGUGGCAUGCCUGGCGAGACAAACGUCCAGGCGCCCAAGACAGCAACAACCGUCAUCACAUCCGAGGACAUCGAGCCCCCGACGGAAAUCACAGAUCCAAACCUUAAGAAGAAGAUAAAGAGCAGUACAGACAGCGAGGGUGGGACUGGAAGCGAUGAGGAAUCCGCCAGUGAAGAUACCCCCCAGUCCAGUGCCAACACGGGCUCUCAAUCGGCCGACACUCGCUUCGUCUUCCUCGGGGACUUUGUGGAUAGAGGGUACUUCAGUUUAGAGACCUUUACCCUUCUCAUGUGUCUAAAGGCAAAAUACCCAGAUCGCAUUGUUCUAGUGCGCGGCAAUCACGAGUCCCGACAAAUCACCCAGGUUUACGGUUUUUACGAGGAGUGCCAGCAAAAGUACGGCAACGCGUCUGUUUGGAAGGCAUGCUGCCAAGUGUUCGACUUCCUUGUCCUUGCCGCUAUUGUCGACGGUACCGUUCUUUGCGUCCACGGCGGUCUCAGUCCCGAGAUCCGCACGAUUGACCAGAUCCGCGUCGUUGCGCGUGCCCAGGAGAUCCCGCACGAGGGUGCUUUCUGCGAUCUUGUGUGGAGUGACCCGGAAGACGUCGACACAUGGGCUGUCAGUCCACGUGGCGCUGGUUGGUUGUUCGGAGAUAAGGUCGCGACAGAGUUUAACCACGUCAACGGUCUGACGACGAUUGCAAGAGCGCAUCAGCUGGUGAAUGAGGGUUACAAGUUUCACUUCGCCGAAAAGUCGGUCGUAACAGUAUGGUCGGCACCCAACUACUGUUACCGCUGUGGUAACGUAGCCUCCAUCAUGACGGUGGACCGCGACCAGAACACAAAGUUCAGCAUCUUCUCGGCCGUGCCAGACGAUCAACGGCAUAUCCCCGCAGGACGUAGGGGUCUGGGUGAUUACUUCCUGUGAAGCUGCGUUGAGGGCUCGCGAAAUCAGAAGAGGAGGGUGUUAUGAGUAUUUUGUCGAGAAAGCAUGUUGUCGCGUUAUGGGAGGGACACGUUUGGUCAGGAAUUGGUGGCAACAACUCCAAGAAUCCUAAUUUAUGUAUGACAUUGUCUCUGGGAAUACUUGGCGUUUACGAGGCGUUUUACUACCCAGUUUUGUGUUGUCAAGUGCCACAAUCAAGCUUUGAGACUGCCAGCAACCAUCUAGCGGUUAGUUGACCCAUCAGCGUUGUUGUUCAAUCGCGGAGUGAAUAAUUACUGUCCAUUAGAAUGGUAUAAUGGUAUAAAUGCGAAAGCAAAGCCGCGGAUCACAAAAUAACAACCAAAGGGGAACGAAGAUAAACAUGAAAAAAAG